UAAUGAUUGCCGUGUGAAGAUACUGAUGUCCGUGGUAUUACCUAGUGUACUUCUUCUAGAGUUUUUUUUUCGCCCAGACCUUUUCAGUAGCUGUUUGUCGCCCGCCGUUACGUCGUCAACCGUUGUAAGUGUCGUGAAGUAUCAGUAGCGUAAGAAACGAGCUUUUGUGUGUUUUGCAGCUUCUGGUCAACGUACAUUAUUUGCCGCGAAAGCUCGAAUCCCUUGCCGUGUCCAAGUCGGUUUCCCGUCGUAGUGACGAACCUGUCGUCGUCAGCGUCGUGUAGCAGACCAAGAGAAUCGGAAUGCAUUGCCGCACGCCAGUGCAUUUGGACCGUGUGUCUGCCUCGCGUUUCACCGUUUCACUUUCCACAAUUGCUCGGCAUGUCUUCAGCAAUUGUUCUCUCUCGGGAUUAGUGAUUCUUCUUCGUCGUUUGCGACUGGGCAGAACGCCACUGUCUGCUGAAGUCGCAUCUUGCAUCCAGCCGUGUUGUGCUGCAUCAUCCAGCUACAGGCGCUGAUUUUGACUCCGACCCGCGUAUCUGGCGUCCCCGUAAAUUUGUUUCGUGAAAAACUCGCGAAAUGCUGCUCGUGAAAAAGCCACAAGAGGUGGCGACAGCUGCCAAGACAGGCAGCAGCGGGAGUUUGUGCAGGACGGAGUCAGCGCGCUCGGAGGAGGAAACGAGUUCCUGCAUUUAUGUUGGGGAACUGGCUUGUCGUUCGUCAUCCUUGACAGAAGAGCCGUCUUCUGAAGGUUCAGUCAGCGGGACAGCGAUGAGAGAAGAAGGGCGAGGACGAAAGAGUGUGUCCUGCCUCAGUGCUGAGGCGGGCGGAGAACUACAGAAUGUUCCACUACUUUGUAAACCAGGAGGGACCCUACCGCCCGAUCUCCCGACCCACAUGUCGGCGGCGUGCUCCAAACAGGAGGACUGUGCCGCAAAGGCCAAUGGCCAAGGAAAGGAGAAUUUGUUUGAGAAGGAUUCUUCCUGGGUCUCACUGCCGCGAUCCCAGCCCCGUCCAUCGUCUCCCGUCUCUCCCUUCCCGAGUGCGUCCGUCACCCAAUGCGCACAACAUUUUUCGUGUUCAACUGCGUCACCCUCAUUGUGUAUCGAUUUGACGUCCGCCUCGUCCCCGUCAUCUGCACCGUGUUUGUCUUCUCUUCCGUCGUAUUAUCCUUCUUCGGCUUCUCCUUCCUCUUCUCCUGUGGCCGUUUGUUCCCCCUCUCCCCGUACACUGACUGCGGUCUCCACGUCUCAAUCAUCUCCAGCUUCUUCUGCCACUGCCCGUGACCAGCAGGCGUCUUCGCCGGUGUCCGGGCCCCAGCGGGCUGUCCUUGAUUCUUCUCUAAUCGCCGACCGGGACUCCGAGGACAGGGCACAUGCUGCAGAUUCAGGGUGCGACCGGAGCUCAACGUCUUCAUCUUGUUCUAUGCGUCCGCAGUGUCAGCGAGACUGUGCUGGAACACAUACCGCAUCGUCUGGUUCUGUCAGAUGUGACGGGACUGGGGACUCGCAGGAUUGGACCGCGAAGUCGUGUUCGCCGUCCCUUGUUUUUUCGUCUCUUCAUUCCUCAUCACCUUCGACUGCCCAGGCUCUUUCAGGCUCACCGACAGACGGCUCAGUUCUUCGCGCGAGUCGGGCCGCUUCCACGUUGCCAGUGCCCCCAUCCCCGGUGUCCUCGUCUCUUUGUCAACCGCUUGCAUCUUCUUUCUCUUCAUCGUCUCCCUCUCAGGAUUCUUCGCUCGGCACUUCCUCGCGAAGCCUGCAGUCAGCAUGUGACUCUGGUCGAUCCGUGACAUUAGAGCAGCCUUCCGGUGGAGUGCGCCCUGGAUCGGUCUCUGAGGUGGCAUCGGACACGCGUGUACACGGACGUACCUCGUCUCGCUGUGAUGGCGACGUUCCUGAACACGAAACGACGCCGCGAGUCGGGAGCAAUGGAGACAAGGAAGACGACCCUUCCGAAGACAAAGUUUCUGCAAGCAUCUCUUCUUUAUCGGGGGACACGCACCCUUCCCCCGUUUCAUCUGAUCUUCAGUUGCAGCUUCGAACCGAAAAGGCGUCUCUCGUUCGUUCAGAGACGGCAAGCGAUGUCUCAGCUUGUUCGUGCACACCCGACUCUCUGUUGAGGAGAAAUGACUCUUGCGAUUCGUCGGUGCCAACGUUGCCCGCAAGUGCACAACACACGGGAGAAGUCUGCGCUGCUGCGCAUGGGGCCUGUGUGGUUGCUGCUUGCGGAGAACGGCAAGCUGCAUCACGGCUGGGGUUCCCUUUCUCUGUAGACAAGACGGCUACCAUGUUCCCCUGUUUAGCCAGCUCCUGUGGUUCUCAGAGGGUCCCAGGGAGCGAGGGCGAAGCGAGGCUAAAUGAUUUGACCAGUGCAUUCGAACUAUUUCGUCCUCAUGCAUCUGCCUUUCCCUGCACAGUCGCGCAACAGGCUGAGGUGUACGUCCAACUGCUUACGGGUUUGGUUAAACUUCGAGCAUCUUUCUGGCGCUCGACCACUCGGUCACACGCGUUCUCAUUUCAUAUCUUUCAGAUUCGAAACGCAAAGACUGACAGCGAUCUCGGCCCCUAUCGAGAGAUUUUCGAGCCGCUUUUUUCUCGCCUGGGCCUGCCGCUGACUCAUACACCUGCAGUGCCACACUUGGCGGAGUGGGUUCUCUUGAAGAAUCUUUCUUCUGACAAAGAGGUGGAGGAAGAACAGAAAGGAAACCUGGACAGUCUGAUGGGCGAUGAACACGGACAACAAGAUGAUCACGCAUUGCGUGGGUUCGAGCGCGGAGCUGCUUCCGCGAGAAAGUGGAGCCGGGGAAGCAGAGGACACGCGAAAGAGUUGGCAUCUGCCUCUCAGCGGAGAAGAUCGAGUAGCACCCGCUCGCCGUCACCGUCGCUCAGUGAUGAAAACGACGUUAUCGGUUCUUCUCCGUUUUCAGGAGAAGGCCUCGAUGGUCAACGCUGUUCUGCGUUUGCCCCGCUACAAAGCGACGGGGAACGGCACGUCAGUCCAAUCACUGAGCUCGUGAAGCAGGAUGGACCGCGGUCUCUGGGCCGUGCACUGGAUACCGUCUACGAGGCAUUAGACCGUCUGUUUAUAUCUUCCAAAGAGGCGCAUGACUUCUGCUUGACGCCUGCGUUUCCAGAGGCUAUCUUUGAACCACCCCAGGACGCGAUGGCGUUGGAGAGGGUUCGUGUGGGACAUCAACCGAGGACCCUUUCCUCGUCGGCUUUUGCUGCCGAGCGUCUGGGGCUUGCGCCCCUCUCUCGUCUUCGCUCUGGGAGUUUAGGGGAGACAGAGAGGCGAUGUAGCACGCCCAUUGUGGGACGCGGUUCAGGGACAGUGACAGCUUCUCUGUCAGCUCGUUUGAGUAGCUUCUUCCCUCAACCGUAUGGCAAGCAAAGCUUCUCUCGAUCAGGCGGUACGCCUGCUGCGCUUUCUCAUCCAGAUCACGGACUGCGGCUUUUCCGCUACCCUGGAUUUACAGGGAGACGCGACUGGAGAGGAGAAGAUCUUCCAGUGGGCUCGCUCUCGCUCCAUCAUCAUGAUGCUCAACUCUUGUCUGGGGAGGUCCCUGUUUCACCCGCUUCUUCCGCGGUCUCGUCUGUCCCUCCACUUGCAUCCCCUCAAGGCCACGAAAUAUCUUCCUCGUUUGGUGUUUCACCAUCGCUCCCUCUUCCUCAUCCGCCGUUGUCGAAUCCUUUUCAAAGCGAAGCCGGAUAUCUCCACGCUUCUGCGGGCGAGGGCUCAGCUGCCGGUUUGGCCCAAGCGGUUUCCGAGGUAUCUUCGAGUCAGCGCGCUUUGUCUGGAUCGGCCGUGUUAGUCGCAGAAGGGAUACUGUCGCAAAGCGGAAGAAUGACAACACGGGGAGCGGCAGCGGCCAUCCAGGCAGGAAUCAACCGAGACACGGAAACAGCGGAGAGGUCAGUGUCAGGGGACGGUGUCUUCGGAGAGGGACGAAGCAUCCAUUCCUCUCUUCAGGACUCCGUCAUUGGUACAGCGGCGUCGAAUACGGGAUCGUCUUCAUCUUUGGACCAAGGGAUCAGUCAAGCCCAUGUCUCGGAAGGCAUGAUGCUACUAGAGAGCAAAAGAGAGAAAAGUGGUGCGGGUCCGAUGGAGGCAUCUGUGCCUGUUUCUUCCGGCCUGCCGUCCGUGGCAUCUUGCAGCGAAGAGGGGUGUUUAGGUUCCACAAACGCGGCCGUUUGCCGCUUGUUUGACGAUGCGAAGCAGCAGGAUCUCUCUCAAACGAUGGGCUUGCUAACACCGAAUCUUGCGAAACAAGGCGGAGGACCGGGAAGUGUCGCCUCAGCAUGUGUCGCCAAUCCCAUUCUUACUAGCCUUCACGCAAACGGGUCACCUGGGAUCGCUGGUGCAGGGCAGCCUGCGGCUAUGUUAAGGCAAUUAUCAUGUCAGCCGCGUUCGCACCUCUCUGUUGUUCACCCCACAUCUCUUGCAUUGCCUGUGGCUGGCCCUCCGUCGGGCGCACUUGCUCCGGUCAGCCCGACAGACCUGACAGGACAAGGAACCAUUUUUCCUGUGUCUUCCGUGGAUGGGGCGCCGCCGUCGCGGCCACUGAAUACACAGCGAGGCAGCGGGGCUGUCAGUAUUUCCUCGUCUGCCAGUGUCCCUGUAUCGCAGCCAGGAGGCGCGCCUGUCUCUCAAGAAACGCCAUCGGCUUCAUCGGGAGACGGCCUGAAGACGUCCGUGCCCCCGGGAAGCAGCGAGAAAGAUGAGAGGCCAUCUGGCAGUGCAGGAACUGUCUCAGGCACCUCCGGAGAAGUGGGCGGAACCAAGCAGGGCCUUUCGGUGUUCUCUUCGUCGUCGUGUGCGACCCUUCCCGCGGGCGCACCCUCUCUGCCCCUCGCCAUUUCUUUCACACCUCUCCAGCUUCAGCAACUGCAGCUCCAUCCGAGUAACGUGGCCCUCUUUACCAAUCUGUCUCUUCCUUCGUCCUCCACAGUACUCUCACAGCAGACAGGGACAUGUGUGGCCUCGCCCAUGUUUGUCGCCGGAGGAGGCAACGUGUCUCUUUCCCAGUUGACCGGCUCUGUAAGUGGCCAGAAUCCUGCCUGUUCUGCUGCCUUUCCGUUGCCUUCGUCCCCCACGGGCGACCCGGCCGCAAAUGUCUUUGGUUCUUCUCAGUCGCAGGCAACCAACGGUUUGGCCAUCAACACUUCGCCAGGGUUCCUCCUUCAGAAUCUGCCGGGCGUGUCUGGAGGAGGUAACGCGGCCCCUUCGCUCCGUGCGCAAGUGACGCCUUCUGGGCAGCUCUUCCUUUCUUACUCCCUUUCAUCGGGAACAACUCCUGGAACCACCAGUGUGAGCAGCACACCUGUUGGAGGGACACCUUUCGGAGGCGUGAAAUGCGGGACACUGAACGUCCCGUUUAUUCGGAUGCCUUCCACAACAACUGCAGUGAGUACACCAGGGGCAUUCGGAGCCUCUCGCGACACAAGUGAAGCGGGUCAGUCGACCGGAUCUGAAUCUCGAGGGGGUUUGCCGUCUUACCAGGGGAGUGCACCUGUUGGUGGGGCCGUUCCGGUGGUUCCUGGGGCGCUUGCUGCAGCGGGCUCCGUCCUUUCCGCUGGUGCUCGUUCCGUCUCUUUCUGUGAGCCGCGAGUCCACGGUGGAAUUGAGAGGCAAGGCGCGCUAGCGGGACCAGGUGCACUUUCUGCGGCAACUGUGGGACCGGAAGACGACACACUGUGCAGGGCAUCCGACGGCGGCAUGUCGCAGAAAGGUGAUGCACGCGGGCCUGACGAUGGACAAGGGACGAGAGACACAGCGACAGGUUCAAAUUCGUUGUCAGAUCCGACGUCUCGCUCUCCCUUUCCUCUGUUCCAGCUCUUCCGGAAUGGGUGGUGGGCCACGCCUAUCCCGCCAGAAGACCCACCUCUUGACAGGGAUGCAACCGAGGCGCUGCUUCCUUUCCUUCCGUCCUUCCCAGCCGUUGUGUAUGACAAAGAGGAACAUUGCUUCUUUUCACUCUGGCGGAUGAAGGAUGGUCUCGUGCAGAGGCGGCGGUGCGAGUGUGCUGUUCUUGGUGUUAGAGAAGCUCAUCGGCAAGCCGUUCAAACCGUCUGUCGACUGACGCGCCGGCCCCCAGGUGUCGUGUAUGACUGCAAGAGUGGGAAGUGGUCCGUGUGCGUCACGCGACACAAUGGCCGACAUCGCGCCUCGUUCUCUGUGAAGAAAUUCGGUUUUGAGGGCGCUCACGAAAAGGCUAUGGACUGGUACGAGGCGAAGCGAGUCCAGUUGGGACUGCAUGACAAUCCGACAUGUGCGGAGAUUGUUGAUUUCGACGCAGGCGUGAAGGCGAACCCUGCAGCGCUUCUGGACAUUGUCCGAAAGGCUGUGGACGCCGCCCCUCCUGCACAGCCGGUACGUGCGCCGCCUCCCGCGCAAAAAGGGGAAACGCCGCUUGAUGCAGAAGACGGACGCGAAGAGAGCAAUGACCAAGACAAGAAGAACGCGGGUUCAGCCGGGGGUGUCGACGGAGGGGACACUAGCGCUGGACCUCUCGCUGCGGCCGUUCGCCCACCGCGAAAUGCCGCCUCCGGUUUGGGAGCGAACGCAGCAGGUUCUGAUUCAUUGCCGGCGUCUGGGUCCGCGAGUUCGAAUUCUUCAUCAGCUUCUCCACCUGCUUCCUCCACUGCAGUUUCUUUUUCUGCGUUGAAGCAAGACGGCGAAACAGCUGCACCAGGGGAGGGGGGAAACAAUCCUGAGAAGGCGGCUGUGAGGAACGAAGAAGACAACGCUCACGUCAAACAAUGUGAAAGUUGCUCAGUGAACGAAAAAGAAAACUUUCAAGCUGAACGGGGCCUGCAUGCGCCUUGCAACGAGCAAUCCGCGAACUCUGCUGUCACCGUGUCGGGAGAUACGGGGCUUCAGCGAGGACCCGAGCGCGGCACUGCACAGGCAAACGACGUUGAGGCGACAAGGAUGGAAACCAACACGGAACCUCCAGUUUCAGUACUGAGCACGUCCCAAGGAACUGCUGGAGUGUCGGCCGUCUGCUCCGUUCCCAGGGCAUUUGGAGGCGAAUCGACGUGUCACACAACCGAUGUACAGCCUUCAACAGCCGCUUCUAGCUCUCUGCCUGGCUCGCAGACAGCUGCCCGCAUCACUUCGUUUACCUUGCUCCGCCAUUCUCAGGGGAUGUCAUCUGACCGUGCUUCGCCGGCGUCGCCUCCAGCCCUGUCUGCUGAGGCAACACUCUCAGCGACCGUCUCGCUUCCGGAUUCGGGCGCAGGGCCAGAGCCGAUAAAGAGCUCGCUGGCCAUGGCGGUAGAGUGCGGGAAGGUGGUUACCAAUAAUCGAGAUAUCUUUCAUGCUAUGGAACUGCCAGUUCUGAAGAAUUUGAGAGAAUCAACUGGGGAUUUGGGAAGGUUCGCUACGUGUAUCGCAGGAGGGGACGUGCAAUUCACGUCAUGUGGUUAUCCAGCACUCACUGAAAGCGCAAGGUCGGGCGCAAAAUCAAGUCGGGGGGAAGAGAGUCAGUCUGAGUCGGGUUCGGCGUGUUCUGUUGGCCUGAGAGACAGUCUCGAGGAGCGUACGUCGUCGCAUACUGCAGAAGUUGUGGCAGGCCAGCCGACGGCUGCUUGCACCAUCUAUGAUGAGACGACGUUUGACCAAGAUGCACAGACACAGUUUCCGUGGUCUGCCGUUUCUCGCAUUGGCUCACCAGUGAAGGUCAUCCUGGAACGGUCUCUGACCUCAGGCAUCCCCUGUGGCGGGAACGGUCGUCGACAAGGUUCGCGAGGCCUUAAUGCGUCGAACGCACCUCGAGCGAGAGCGGCAGAUAAGAGUAAUGCGAAUAAGGAAAACAAGGAAGAAGGACUUCAGGGAAACGACAAGGGGAACCCGGGGGAGGAAGCUGGAAAUACAGUGGAGAUCAAAGUAGAAUGUGCCCCCAGUAGUGAAGUGAACAUUUGUCCCACUCAAGCGCUGAGGGCCCAUCACGAUGCCGAUGUGUUCAGAAGUGUUGUGCCGGAAUCUCCGAACGGCAGGCACCACGGUAGGCAGGAUGAAGAAGGUCAUGAACGAUCCAAGCUAGAUUGCAGCCCCCCGACCGACCGCGAGGCUGCCUCAAGUGUUCUUUUAACGGAUGGAGAUAGAGCAUGCAGUGGUUGUGCAGAUCAGGUGACGCCGAGUGCCAAGCCGCCGACAGGUAGAACUACGGGUGGUGAAGAGAAUCGAGCUUCCGUCAGUUCCUGUGAAGGAAUGGCCACAGCCAUCAAGGGGUCAGGAGAUGGCGUGAGAGCGGAUCCAGGAGCAAGGAAACGAGCGUGUGAGGAAGAUCCGAUGGAGCUCAAGAAACGCAAAUGCGGAACUGAAUCGCUCUCAUCAUGUCUUGAGGUGGGAGAACCCGCCACUGCCUGAGCCAGUGUAGAGCCAAACGGUCCAAACAGGCAACGGCGGCUGUUGGGAGUUAGGAAAUGCUGUGCUUGUUGCUGUCCUGGCCCACAUGAGGCACGUCGCCUCGAUUGUACCUGGAACGAUGGUGCAAGAGAAUGAGUUGUAGUGAUAACGAGGAAUUUUGCUGUGCCGACGGGCGGCCUUUCGGAAGCUACACGAUCGAUGCUAUGGACGGUGAACUAGAGCGGCCACGAGGACAGGCUUAACAGACGGUUUGGGGACGAGCGAAGACGCGGUAGCAUUUGGCGCUGGUAACCUACCAACGAGUAACUGCAACGAUCAGAUGAGGCGAACUUGGACGUGGUCGUCAAUUAUCGACACUCAAGAACACUCAACACGAUUGUUGUGGUCAUCCUGUUUCUGUUGAUGCCUUUAUACGAAUAGUCCGCUGCCAUCAUGCACACUACAGAAUGGUGGCCGGAUAGAUUAGCACGCCGAUGUAACUUAGUGUACACGAGUUGUCAGACGCGGUUACCUUUUUCAGGAUUUCCGUGUCUAUGUUUGUAUUCAUGUUUUUCGUCCUUUUCGGAGAGGAACUUCUACGCAUAUGCAUUCGCAUGAAACCCAGGAGUGAGUUUGCCAAGAAACAUAAAGAACUCGAAUAGCUACCACAGCCAAUCACUAAGGCAGUGUCUGUUC